AUGUCAAGAACAGAUAACUUAUACAGGGAACACGAUCGAAUUCCAACUGACGACUUACGGGCUUUAAAAGCCAAUAUUAAACUCAACACAAAGCGGCUUUAUCAAGCUGAUGGUUACGCCGUAAAGGAGUUAAUAAAAAUAACAAGUCUUCUAUACGAUGCUUUGAAUGUUAAUCUGGAAGAAAAUAAUGAAAACAGUUAUAACGACGAGCAUUUUAACUUGAGGGAUUAUGAUAUUUCAGACAAGGUUAGCGAAUUAAAGUUGUCAAGACAACUAGCAAGUGAAAUAACAUCGACUGGAGCUAAUCUAUUUGACUUACUAGGAAAGGAAAUGCAUUUAAGGACAUCAAGGCAGAAAAGUAUGGGACGUCAAUUCGAGAUAUCCGAGGUUGAAUCUGGAAUUAAAAAGGCAAUCGAAGCCGUUUCCAAGGAAAUAAGCGAUACAAAGCAGCUAAUUGACAAUGUAGCUGCCAACGAAGCUAGUUUGGACUCGAAGAUUGAACGAAGGAAGGUCGAGAUUGAUCGUUAUGAGAAACGAUUGCAGACUCUCAAAAAAGUCAGACCAGCAUUUUUGGAGGAAUUCACCGCACUUGAACAAGAACUCGAGCAGUUGUUCGUACAAUACAGCGUACGUUUGAGAUGUCUGAACCAGCUCGAGAAACAAUUCAGCGACUCUGAAAGGGCUCAGAUCGAAAAGGAAUUACUAAUGACGUCACCUCGCGUCACCAAAAUUCCUUUGGAUGACGGGGCUCAAAACGACAUGUUUUUGGAGUUGGAACCCCAUGGUGAUCCAAGAGGCGUUGAAGGGAAGCAGGAGAGGCCCAGAGCUAGCACUGGAGGUCGCCAUAGAUCGGAAAAGGGCAAAGCCUACGGUGGAAUGCAUCCUCCAAUGUCGGGAAGUCAUUCUUCUCUAGAUUUGAGCACAGAUUCGGAAUCUGAUGACCUCUUUCUAGACAAGGAUGAACCCGAAUUGAUGCAUUCAGAUGAAGAGUCGCUCGCUAUAGAGCUAUCAGGGAUGGAUAGAAAGGCUCCGACAGGACGAAAAACUAGCAGUAAGCAGCUACAGGAUAAUAGCGAUGAUGAUUUUUAA